UCGGCCAAUGGAGCGCUCCCUGCGCAAACGCCUAGCGGCACAAACACCAUCAAUUUAUCAGGCUUGGUCUGUAACGUACACAGGACGACCGGCAAGGAACCGCAUCCACUCGUUGGCGCUACAACCACGAUUCUGGGUGACAAGCUCUACGUUUUCGGAGGGCGUCGUCUUUCCCGGACGAAACCGCAGCUUACUUCAAGCAUCUAUGAACUGGACCUUGUGCACCGUCACUGGGAGAAACUGGACGUGAAGGGCGAGAUACCGGCAGCCAGGUAUUUCCACAGCGUAUGUGCGCUUGGCGAUACGAAGCUGGUCUGCUACGGCGGAAUGUCGCCUGCACCGGUGUCGGACGAUGCUCCUGAGGGUCAGGGUGAAGUCAUUGUCAUGUCUGAUAUCCAUAUAUUCGACGUACCCUCACGUACUUGGACGAAGCUUAACACGGCAGAAUCACCCCAAGGACGGUACGCCCAUUGCGCCUCUAUAUUGCCUUCAUCGGCGGUUUUUGCAUCCGGUAACGCGACAAUGUCUGCAGUGCAGCAUAAUCCAUCCGGGCUUAACCCAAACCAGGGGACAUUGGGCGUCGCACUGAAUGGCGCAGGGGGAGCGGAGAUGGUUGUUGUUGGCGGGCAAGACAGUGCCAAUCAUUACAUUGAGCAAGUCAGCGUCUUCAACCUGCGUAGCCUGAAAUGGACUGGCACAACUGGCAUGGGCCGCAGCUGCGGCGCGUAUCGGAGCGUUGUAACACCACUGACUACCAUGAGUGCGUCACAAGUCGGCGCAGGACCGCAUGCGCCUGCAGAUGACGAGGAAGAAGAUGAGCCGGCCGAGAUUGGCUCUGGGGCACCGCUGCUCAUCUACUCAAACUACAACUUCCUGGAUGUCAAGUUGGAGCUACAGCUGCGAUUGACAGACGGUACACUUACGGAGAAGCCUAUGCAGACCGGAGUCUCGCCACCUGGGUUACGCUUCCCUAAUGGAGGAGUCAUUGACAACCACUUCGUCGUCUCCGGUACCUUUCUGACCUCUUCGAAGCAGGAGUACGCACUGUGGGCUUUGGACCUACGCACACUGAUAUGGAGUCGAAUUGACGCGGGAGGUAGUAUAUUCAGCCAAGGCAGCUGGAACCGCGGCGUGCUGUGGAGCCGGCAGAGUGUCUUCGUUAUUCUGGGUAACAGGAAGCGGAAUCUGGUCGAUGACUACAACAACCGCCGUAUCAACUUUACCAAUAUCUGUCUCGUGGAGCUAGAACCGUGCUCUUUGUACGAAAACCCACGCAGAGCAGAACCCACUUCGAACUUCAUCUCAGCAAGUGCCAGUCCACUUUCUCGAGGCCAGGCCGACUUCUCAGCGUCGGGUAGAGCACUGUUUUACGCCGCGGAGGAGCUUGGUGCCUUGUCGCUGGGUGUCCGAGAAUUGACUGACAUGGACUUUCUGGCAAUCGACGGCACACGGAUACCAGUCAACUCGAGGCUAUUGGCCCGUCGGUGGGGCCCUCAUUUCGCGACGCUUCUCAAAGAGUCGCUUGUUUUAGCCCCCGAAACCGACACUGCCACGCUACGGCCGAGCAUCGCGAGCGUGCCGUCACGGAACUCGAGUAUAACCAUAACCGCGUCUGUGACCUCGGGGGCGACGACAUUGACCAACAACACGGCCGUAAAAGUGCCUGACACUCGCUCUGUCCCACCAACGUUGAGACCGCGGCUACUCUAUCUUCCACAUACUGCGCCAACGUUGCAAGCACUGUUGCACUAUCUUUACACAUCCACGCUACCGUCCCCACCAUCCGCAUUAGCGACUCCGCAGAUUUUCUGCUCUCUCCUGCAGCUUGCGCGACCGUACAGAAUCGACGGUUUGCUCGAGGCUACAGUUCAGCGUCUGCAUGAGUCGCUCGACGGCAGGAAUGCUGCGGCCAUCUUUAAUGCCGCCGCCAUGGCUGCGGGUGGCGGUGAAAGCGUGCACUUCGCUUCAAGUACCAACAACGUGCGUGAGAGUGGCGUACCCUUACGCGGGACCAGUCUUUCGACUCUCGAUGAUGUCACCAGAAACGGCGCAGCGCGUGGCCCUGCAGGAUUGCGUAUAGACACAGAUAUGGCGAACGGCAGAACGACUCGUGCAACUUUACGCCCGGGUGAAGAUGGCUUUGCCGACAGAAUAGAUGAGGGAGAGGUGCCUAUGAGCGCGGCGACCGACGCUAGUAUGAGUGAAAGCGAGGCGAGCCUUAGCAGUCGAGCCUUGAAUGGCCGGACAGACCGUGACCAGGAGAUCUGGAAUGGCGCCCUAAGCUCGGUUGUCGGCCUGCAAAAACGAGGGCUAAGAGGGCUUAUGGAGGGAAGAAAAAUGCGAGUACGU